AUGGCUCGCUCAUCCAAAGCGAGAUCAAAGCCGACUAAGGCUACCCAAACCGUUGUAAAGUCGGAAACAGAUCAGCCCUUCCCUCUCGAGUUUCUCGAACUCAUUUCAUCUUCUUCGGAUGAUCUCAGUGAGGGAUCACACACCAGUCAGGAUGAGCCUCCGCAAAAGCGUUCACGGUGGGAGGGGCAACAGGCAGUCACCGUUGCCAAAUCAAGUCUGUCCUUGAAACGUCGCAGACAUGCGGCGCUGCAACCUUCGCUCGCCACUUUUCAGCGUCAUAGGAUCGAGCGCUUCAUCAAAUUCCAGGCGGAUAUCGCCCCGGAAGGGGCCGAAAAUGUCCUCGAAGCUUUGGUGCUCUCUACUAUGCCCACCAGCAGACAUGGUCGAUACAAGAUUGAGUUGGAGACAGAGAACAUCGGCGUCUUAUCGCCAAAUUUGAUCAAGAUUCUUGAUAUUGGCAACCGCAGUCGGGACAAUCCUGCUGACGAUGGAGCCGUUUAUGUUUCGGUAGACGUCACUUUUGAUGAGUUGGACGACGGACACCAUCUGGAUUUGGACUUCUCCUUGAAGUGGAACGAAUGCAACGAUAUCUACAAAGGUCUUCGAACUCCACAACAGCGCAGGAUCACUGAUGACAUACAGAAGACCUUCUUUGCAAGCGACACAGAUGUGGGGAGCCAUAUCGGGGUGCAGUCAUCGCAAGCCUUCUAUGAAGCAGCUUGCAUUACUGACGAAAGCUACACUGACCUGAACUCUUUUGUCAUUCCUGGUCUCACGUCUAGCUUGUACCCCUUCCAACGCAGAGCCCUUCAAUGGUUGCUCGCCAGAGAAGGAGUUCGCUGGGCACCGACUGGUAACAACGGCCUCCAUGGACUGACACCCACCUCGCCACAGCACGAGCACAAGCUACCGAUAUCGUUCCACAACAUCCAGGAUGCGAAUGGAGAUCUAUUGUAUCAUAGCGCUCUCUACCAUGUCGUGACACGGGAUGUUCGACCUUGGCAGGACCUCGAAUACAUAAUCAAAGGAGGUAUUUUAGCAGAAGAAAUGGGUCUUGGCAAGACUGUCGAGGCGAUUUCUCUGAUCCUGCUCCAUCGUCGACCACUUGUGCCGGGCAUAAUCAGGGAUGCGUACACUGAUCAAGAGGUCUGUCCGACUGGUGCGACGCUCAUCGUAACACCGGAGACGCUGAAGAAGCAAUGGAUUUCAGAGAUCAAGAGUCACGCCCCGGCGCUACGCGUCAUGGUGUACGAUGGAUUGUUCAAACACCAGGAAACUGUAGAGGAGCUCAAAAAGCAGAUGAUCGAGAGCGACGUGGUUGUGACAACAUACAGCAGCUUGCGAGCUGAAAUUCACUUGACACGACCAGAGCCGGAACGCUCAAGGCGGCACGAACGGAAGCGUGCUCGCGCAACAUCACCACUAGUCAAGCUCUCGUGGUGGCGCGUCUGCUUGGACGAAGCACAGCAAAUUGAGAGUGGUGUUAGCGCUGCUGCAGAAGUUGCCAGGCUGAUACCGAGAGUCAAUGCCUGGGGCAUUACCGGUACUCCCGUCAAAGAGAAAAUCCAAGAUCUCUGGGGUCUUUUACGAUUUCUCCGCUAUGAACCAUUUGCGUCUUAUCCGGCCACCUGGGACACUCUUAUAUCAAGACACCGGGAUUACUUCACACAACUUUUCAACAGAUUAGCUCUGCGCCAUACCAAGCAUGCGGUCAGGAGCGAGUUGGUGCUUCCACCUCAAAGGCGGUAUGUCAUCACGAUGCCAUUUACCGCAGUAGAAGAGCAAAACUAUCGGAGCAGGUUCAAGAGAGAAGCAGAGUCCCUAGGUUUGUAUGAAAACGGCGUCCCUAUCGUCCCUGCAGACUGGGACGCAAAUAAACCUUCGACCAUUGAUCAAAUGCGACGGGCCUUGGCUACAUUGAGACAGACAGUGCUGCAUCCACAACUUGGGCCGGAACGAGCACGUGCACUGGGCGGCAGCAUAAGCAAAGCUCUGAAAACGAUUGACGAAGUAUUGGACGCAAUGAUUGAACAGACUGAUUCAGUCAUCAAGCAAUGGCAGCGAUCAUAUCUCCUUGCUAAGCUGAGGAGAGGUCAACUUUUGGAGAAUUCUCCCCGUGUUCCGGAAGCUUUGGCCAUAUGGUCAGAGGCGCUGCUUGAGAUCGAGGCCCUGGAAAUCGAAUGUCGCUCUCAGAUGAUGUCCGAAUUAGAGAACGCGGGUAUCACUACAGAAGAUGAACAGCGAGUCAUCAAUGAUGAAGGUGACUUUGAAGACGGUUCAGAUCAGCAGAACAUACUCCCUCGUCUUGGCGAAGCACGCAGAAGACUCCGCAGCGCCUUGGAUCUAAAACACAGAGCGGUAUUCUUCAUCGCAAGUGCCUACUUUCAGAUCAAGUCAAACGAAAAGAUGACUGAUCCGAACUCUGAUGAAUUUGGACGUCUAGAAAAGCUUGAGGCUGAUGGCUAUAAGAAUGCCAAUUUGAUCCGUCAAGAAAUUCUCCAGGAGACAAACACCAAGGCGGCAUUGUACAUGACAGAAUUGUCCAAGAAGGCCAAGAAGCAAUCCUUUGUGGAUAUCCCCGAGUUCAAGAGCAGCAUAAGAGGUGGCCUUGAAACCCGACGCCAUGUUGACCAGUAUGAAGAACUCAUCGAGGUCCUGAACGAGCAAGCAAAUAUGGUGGAUCAGCUGCGCGAGCAUGUCAUUCAGCUACUUCUCAGGCCACUCGUUGACCGAGAGGAGGAGGAAAUCACCGGCGAGGAAUACGAAGACUCCACAAAGAUACAAAAUGAUUUAAUGGUCUAUACGACCAUACUCAGGGCCGCAAUUUCCGAUCGUCAAGAAGCGCUCAGUGGUUUGGUGAACGAACGCACCAAGCACGAGCUUGCAUCCUAUAAACGGCAAGCAACGCAAGGCGAGGGACCAUCUCCAGAAACUUUUCUAGGGCUGUUGAAAUUGCGCGAUGAGUCACGGCCAAAAGACCUUCAAGGCUCUUUACGCGGACUCAUUUCAGACCUGCGUGAGCUUGCCACAAAAUUACACGGUGAUAAUUCGGAGCGUUCGCAAACGGAACUACGCAUUGUUCGCGACCUACAGAAACUGGUUCAAGAAGAUACUGUCAAACAGACCAAAGCAAACGCGAAUUUGGAAAAGGAACUCGGAUUCUUCACAUCGGCAAUGAAUGCUCGUGUUGAGUAUUACCGCCAGCUGCAAGCACUCUCUGACACGGUCGCAACAUGGGAUCGAGAAGAUCUUGAAAAAGACGACAUACGCAUGCGUGACCUCCUCAAUGAGGAGGCAAGGUGUCAACGGAAGAUUCAAGACGAGGUAGCAGCGCAGCGCUAUCAAGUUCAUCUCAAGGAUCAAGGGCAGACUUCCGAAAAGAAAAUAUGUCCAGUGUGUACAGAUCCAUACACAGUCGGCAUCCUUACACCAUGUACCCAUGAAUUUUGCGAAGAGUGCAUCGCAACUUGGGUUGCAGCUCACCACCGUUGUCCCCUCUGCAAAAAGCCAGUGUCGAUGCGAGACUGCCAUAAAAUUAUCGCCCGAGAACCAAAGCUCAAGCUUCGCCAGGAUCAGGAGUCAGCAAUUUUGAAUGAUCCACACUCCCCGGAAUCUCAGCAUCAGUCCAGGACACAAGGUAUAUAUACCAGCUUCGGGGAGGAUAAGCUGAAGGAGAUCAAUGAUAUCCCAUUGGAUGGUCAUGUGAUGCCCACCAAGGUGACUGCACUCAUCCGCCAUCUUCUCUUUUUGCGCAAGACCGAUCCCGGAGCCAAAUCAAUCAUAUUCUCACAAUUUGGCGCCUUUCUUGACAUCUUGAGACAAGCCUUGAAUCGACAUCAUAUUGGGAAUUUAUCAUUCUCCACCAAGAAUGGCAUCACUCGUUUCAAAGAGGAUCCAGCGAUCGAAUGUUUUCUGAUGGACGCAAGAGCGCAUGCCAGUGGCUUGAACCUCGUCAACGCGAACCACGUGUUUCUCUGUGAGCCACUGCUGAACACGGCACUAGAGCUGCAAGCAAUCGCUCGAGUCGACAGAAUUGGUCAAACUCACGAAACCAAUGUUUGGCUAUAUCUCGUGGAAGGAACUGUAGAAGAGUCUAUAUACAAUCUUUCCACAAAACGAAGACUCGAGCACAUGGCAACGACCAGGAAAGGCAAGGAGACGGAGUCAUCGGUACCUACCAUAUCCGAGGACAAUCUGGAGGUUGCGAAUUCUAUGGAGCUGCAACAAGCAAAUCUGCCCAAGCUAAUGGACAAGGACACCCGUCUGGGCGAAGUUGUUGACCAGAACGAUCUGUGGACCUGUCUAUUUGGCCACGUCACCGGGGACGAGGAUGCGGAACAAAAUGCCAUGUCCUCAGAUGCUAGGUUCGAAACCCAAGCCGUAAGAGGGUUCCUGGCUGGACGGGCAGCUCAAGAAAGGGCUGAAACUCAGACAAGAUAUCACGAGGAGAGAGAAAUGCGAGGAGGGUCGGAGGCAGUAUUCGACGAAGGAUCAACCGAGGAAGAGAGCGAACUUGACAUAUAG